ACGACACAGCGCUUGCGCCGCCGUCACCUUCGCCAUGAAUCUCUCUACGCUGCGACCCGUCUUCCGGCCAUUCAGCGCUGCCGCCUCGCUCUUCCGCACCCCCGCCACACAAUGCGCUGCGACACGUACGCCAGCCACGACAUCGCCCUUCUCCUCGACGGCACGCCUGGAGAAGCGUCAGAAGGGCCCGGGGAUAGACCCGCGAAUCACCAAUAUCCGCUACCACCUCUCGCACCCGCUCACGCCGCGGCCGCUGCACUUCUCCCGCAACCGGUUCCUGCGCCACUGGACGAUUCACCGCGCGUGGAUGCUGUUUCUGCGCAAGCGCCGCUGGGCCGAGGAGCGCGAACUCGAACGCCAAUACAUGUCGAUGCGCGCCGCGUGUGAGCAUCUGCGUUUGAUGGACUCGAAUGGCAACCAGGUCGGUGAAGAGGAAGCUGGAGGUCAGGGUCCUGAUGCUGGACGUCUGGGUGUGAGGGGUCGUGACGUGGGUAGGCUGUACAGGAGUGCGAUGAUCAAGAGGGGCAUCUGGGGGAGUGUGCCUGUAGAGUACGCGAGGGUGCAGACAGAGUAUCCAAGUCGGCAAGGCUGGAAUCAUGAGUGGACACGGAACUAGAGACGACAGGCAGAGCACGGGUGUAUUAUAUUGUAUUUGGGGCUCAAGUGUCAACA